ACACUCACAAACCCCCUAGAGCGCAGCAGCAGCGAGCCCCCCGGCAUCCUCGGUCUCCGGUCUCUUGCUGCUUGCCCAGCGCCGCCCGAGCUCGCGAUUCCUUCUCGCCCGUUGUCUGUCUCAAUGGCCGCCUCGACCAAGACCGUCGCCGCCCUCCUCGCCGCGGUGCUCCUCGCGCUGGUCGCGUCCGCGGCAGCCAGCAGGAAGCUGGAGGAGGACGCCGCCCUCCUGGGCAACCUCGCACCGGCGCCCGCGCCGGCCGUGGGCGCCGCCGCGGGGAUCGCCGGCGCCGCGCCCGGGGCGUGGGCCGUCGCCGCCCUGGUCUCGCUCGUCGCCUUCCUCGCGCACUGAGGGGGCGCGGCUGGCCUUUUCUCGGGAUCUGCGGGGAGCGAUUAAUGGAGGGGGAAGGAGAAUCCUGUGAUCUGGAUUGGUGGGAGAGGAGAGGGGAGGGGAAUAUUUGUGUUCGUUCUGUUUGGUGUAGGCGUUCCCAGUGCUGCUGAUCUCUCUUUUGCCUGUAUAAGAGAGGAUUAUGUUUUUGUAAUAAUAUCAUUUAUUAGUUAUUCUUUUACAAUAUGGUGAUCC